AAGAUAUAUUGUGACGUCGAUCUAACUGGAAACAUUAAGCUGAACUCCGAAGAGCACACUGGGGACUCCUUUCAUCUCUCAUUGCACAGGGAGAAAACAAUGGCGUUAAAGAAGAAGAUAGACGAGAUGCAGUCCGCAGGGAAGUCAAAGCAAUGCCGUAAACUAUACAAAAAAUAACAGAUAUGGUGGCUGACAAUCAUUGGCAAAUCAUAAGACAUCUAACGUCAUCCUACGAAAACAUCGUGCCACCACCAUCCGAAAGUCAAGAAUUGGUAAGCAUGAACCGGAACCGUGGGAUGAACAAAAACUUGAUGAUGAGCUCGCAUUCCGCCUCUUACCAGCGUUUGGCCUUCAAAUGUCAAGUCACGGGGACACGCCUCUCGAGAAUGACUGAAGAGUACACGAGCAAGACAUGCACCGGCUACAGGGCAAUAAAACACACACUGUCUCUAGCCGACCGCACCCUCCACUGUGCCUCUUACAACUUGUCUGUCGACCAUGACAUCAACGGCGCUCGCAACAUAUCCUCAUCAAGUGUCUUGUCGCAUCUCAACAGACAAACACAAACAAGGAGUGCUUUCAUGCUCCUCUGAAAUCACUACCUCUCUUCUGUCUCUAAGGAGCACACAAAGAACCAUGACAAAUUACUACAGCUCCUCGCCCCCCACCAUACGACACGGUAUAGACCACAUUUCCGUCCCUUUCCUCAGCUUAAGUCGUGGGAAAUAUGGAUUAGAAAUCAAGCAAUUAAGCCGUAUGUGGGUGUCGGUGUUAUUAUAAAGGCACCAAACGCU